AUGGAUAAAUCUUAUUUACCUAUGGAAACUUAUAAAAAUGCUACAAAAAAAACUUGUUCUUUUUAUCGCUGGACAAUUCUUAUUCUUAUUCUUAUAUUUAUUUUGAUACCAGCUGUCAUAUUGACUAUAAUCUUUGUUAUUCAAGCUAAACAUAAUUCACAAUCAUCGGUUAUUAAUACAUUGAAUACGACAGUUCUUAGUCAAAAAUAUAAUAUUUCAGUAAAAGGUUUACUAACAAUCGAUGCAGCUGCGAAAGCGAAUAUUUGUGAUAAAAACGAAACAAUUGAAGAUUGUGUUCUUAUUUAUAAUGCAAAAGUUUUUAUGAAUGCACUUUUAUUAAUACCUUCAUCAACAUCAAAUUAUUCUUCAAUAUCUUUUACUUUUCCGAAAAAUUCUACAAAAAGUACUAUUGCUUGUAAAGCAUUACGAAUUCGUCGAAAUCAAUUAUCACAAAUUUUUGAGCCUAUUACUCUUGCAACAAUAUAUAAUCUUUCUGGUAUUUCAUAUUCAUCAAUUGAUUAUACAACUUCAUCUGAUCAAGCACAAUCACGUUCACAAAUUGAUGGUCGGUCUAUAAAAAGUAGAUGGAGUACACCAAUUAAUUAUUAUAUUAGUCAAACAACUGGUUUUACUUCAUCAAUGAUUGCUAAUAUUCAUAUUGCUAUUUCAAAUUGGGAAAAUCAUACAUGUCUGAAAUUCAAUGAAUUAUCGGUUAUAACACCAACAACAAAUAAAUCUUAUGUUUUAUUUGAACGUGAUGAUGAUUAUGGAUGUUCAAGUCCAGUUGGUUAUGAUAAAACUGAUCCAACAUCAGUUAUACUUAUUUCAUCAUAUUGUGGUGCUGUAAGUGAUAUUGUUGCUUGA